AUGGGCAGCCAUCAUGUAAAGACAGGGCAGGGUCAGUCUCAGUCCAUUGCUAACUCUUACACAAACACCACAGCUACUGUACUGACCGGUGGUCAUGACAACCAGUAUGAAGAUAUUGACAGCCAUCAUGUUAAGACAGGGCAGGGUCAGUCUCAGUCCAUUGCUAACUCUAACACAAACACCACAGCUACUGCAGUGACCAGUGGUCUUGACAGCCAGUAUGAAGACAUGGACAGCCAACAUGUAAAGACAGGGCAGGGUCAGUCUCAGUCCAUUGCUAACUCCUACACAAACACCACAGCUACUGUACUGGCCAGUGGUCACGAACACCAGCAUGACGAUAUUGGCAGCCAUCAUUAUAAGACAUUGCAGGGUCAGACUCAGUCCACUGCUAACUCCUACACAAACACCACAGCUACUGUACUGACCAGUGGUCACGACAACCAGUAUGAAGAUAUUGACAGCCAUCAUGUUAAGACAGGGCAGGGUCAGUAUCAGUCCAUUGCUAACUCCAACACAAACACCACAGCUACUGUACUGGACAGUCACUAUCAUCACCAAUAUGAUGAUAAGAACCAACAUGAUCAGACAGGGCAGGGCCAGUCUAAGGCCAUCACUGAAUUCUUGCAUGCGGGAAAUAUAUCUUAUGGCACAGGGCCUACUGCCUCAAAGCUUACUUCUCUGCGCGAAAACCAAGAUGAUAAAACAGGGCAGGGCCAGUGUCAGGCCAUCACUGAAUCCCUGCAUGCGGAAAAUAUAGCUUAUGGCGCAUGCGGGGCCUACUGCCUCAAAGCUUACUUCUCUGCGCGAAAACCAAGAUGA